GUACAACCUAGUGUAAGAAAUAAAAUAUCACUAGUGUAAGAAAUAAAAUAUCCCCAACCUUCAGUAAUUCUUCCAGAAGGACUCCUUUCCUGAUGUAACGCUCUCCUGCAUUUAGUACUUUUUCACAUUUAUUUCUAUACUUUCACUACCUACAGAAAGCAUAUAGUAAUUUCGGAUAUUUUCCAACUUUAUACAAAUCAUAUCAUAGGUUCUCAAGGUAUAAGGGUCCUACAACUUGCUUUUCCCUCCUGACAUGCUUGCUUUGAUUUAAUCCAUGUAGUUACUCAUAAACCAUGUACUCUCCUUGCUGUAGGGUCUCAGACCUUGUUUAUCCACUUUUCUGUUGCUACAUGUUGGAUUUGUUAACAGGUUUUUACCAACAUCUCCAAUGUUGCUAGCGACGUUCUGUGCCUACUCUGCCGCCCUGUGUGCCUGUGUGAGGGACAGGAGGACCCCCAACAGACACAGUCACUAACAACUUUGCUGCCCUCACCCUUCACAAAAUCACGAACGUGACUGUCCCGAUUUAUACUCCCACCCACAAAGUCUGAGAGUCUAGUUACUCUGCUUCAGGGGCUGGCAGACCUUUUCCAUGAAGGAGUAGCCCAGAAAUAUUUCAGCCUUAGUAAGCUACGUGGUCUCUCUCAUAACCUCAACUCUGCACCUGUCAAGCGAAAGCAGCCAUCAGUCAUCCUCUUAGCUAGCAAGUUACGAGUAAUGGGUAGCUGCUUAGAUAUGGCCUCAGGCUAGAGUGUGCCAACCCCUGUUUGACGUCCUCACCAAGGUCUAGAAUUUCAAAUACCUUAAAUGUUUCUACCCAAAUGGGUGUGAAAUGGUAAAUUGAGAUUUUCAUUUGUAUUCCCAACCAGCAGCAAAGCAUUUUUCGUUUCUUGGCCACUUAGGUUUUUCUCUUCUGUGGUUUAUUUAUUCAUUUUUCUUUUCCUUAUUCUCUUAUUUUGUGGGUCUUUUCUUUAUUGGCUUUUAGGAGCUCUUUCUGUGUUCUGGAUAGUAAUCCUUUGUUACAUGCUUUGCAAACAUGUUCUUAGAGUAUAGUGGUUUUUGUUCCAUUUUUUAAAAAGUCAUCUUUGGAUGAAAAGACGUUUUCAGUUAAAAUAAAAUUAAAUUUAUCCAAGCAUUUGGCUUUGUGGGGGGAAAAAGAUGUUUUUUUCAUGCACGCGGAGAAUGUGAAAGGUGACCACAAAAGAAAGAUAUCACUUUCUCGUAUGCGAGGGAGGAAAUAUUUUCUCCCAUCGGAUGUGAGCACAGGAAUGUCCUCACUUGUGUUCCAGACUUUUUUUUCACAGUCUAGUAGUUUUCUUGAUCGCUGACAGCUUGUCCAGUUGUGCAAUCUGUUGUAUCGUCAAGUAUCCCGAAGCACCGCUGUAGCCAGUAUUGCCCCAAGGCAGGCAUCUGACAUUGAUGAAACGUUUGUCGGUUUCACAAGUUCACAGGCUUUGCUCUUGCAAGCCAGCUGACGUAGCUGGGAGGAGAAAGAGACCCUCCCACUCGCGUUUGUUAAUUGACUUUGAUGAGCUUGUCUGCGAUGCCUAAAUGGUUCCAGAACAGAGAGAGCCGUUAUAAUCUGAAGAACUUUUUAGAAAGUCACACUGGCUGGCUACAACUGCGCGCACCUCCAGCCAGCAAAGAAAAGGAAAGCAGUUGAUGGGUAUGCCGGUCAGCAAAGCCACCCUUGGCUGCCUUGAGCUUUUUAACUGAGUUCUUGCCCCUGUGAAGCACAUUCUUGCUCUCUGGAGAGCUGGGUGCACUUGGAACGGGGCUGGCAUGCUUGACAGACGCUUCAUGUCUCCUCAGACUAAGUACAUCAUUCCUGGGGGUUCGGCAGACUCCUACACCAGCCGUCCAUCCGAUUCAGAUGUUUCUUUGGAGGAAGAUCGGGAGGCAGUGCGCAGAGAAGCAGAGCGACAGGCCCAGGCCCAGCUGGAAAAAGCAAAGACAAAGCCCGUUGCAUUUGCUGUUCGGACAAAUGUUAGCUAUAGUGCAGUCCACGAAGAUGACGUCCCGGUGCCAGGCAUGGCCAUCUCCUUCGAAGCAAAAGAUUUUCUGCAUGUUAAGGAAAAAUUUAACAAUGACUGGUGGAUAGGGCGAUUGGUGAAAGAAGGCUGUGAAAUCGGAUUCAUCCCAAGCCCAGUGAAACUAGAAAAUAUGAGGCUGCAGCAUGAACAGAGAGCCAAGCAAGGGAAAUUCUACUCCAGUAAAUCAGGAGGAAAUUCAUCAUCCAGUUUGGGUGACAUAGUACCUAGUUCCAGAAAAUCUACACCGCCAUCAUCCGCUAUAGACAUAGAUGCUACUGGCUUAGAUGCAGAAGGAAAUGAUAUUCAAGCCAACCAUCGCUCCCCUAAACCCAGUGCAAACAGUGUAACGUCACCCCACUCCAAAGAGAAAAGAAUGCCCUUCUUUAAGAAGACAGAGCACACUCCUCCUUACGAUGUGGUUCCUUCUAUGCGACCAGUGGUCUUGGUGGGCCCUUCUCUGAAGGGGUACGAGGUCACAGAUAUGAUGCAGAAAGCGUUGUUUGAUUUUUUAAAACACAGAUUUGAAGGGCGGAUAUCCAUCACAAGGGUCACGGCUGAUAUCUCGCUUGCCAAGCGCUCCGUGUUAAACAAUCCCAGCAAGCAUGCAAUAAUAGAAAGAUCCAACACAAGGUCAAGCUUAGCGGAAGUUCAGAGUGAAAUCGAAAGGAUUUUUGAACUUGCAAGAACAUUGCAAUUGGUAGUCCUUGAUGCAGAUACCAUUAAUCAUCCAGCUCAACUCAGUAAAACUUCUUUGGCCCCUAUUAUAGUCUACGUAAAGAUUUCUUCUCCUAAGGUUUUACAAAGGUUAAUAAAAUCUCGAGGGAAAUCUCAAGCUAAACACCUCAAUGUCCAGAUGGUCGCAGCUGAUAAACUGGCUCAGUGCCCUCCAGAGCUGUUUGAUGUGAUCCUGGACGAGAACCAGCUCGAGGAUGCUUGUGAGCACCUUGCCGACUAUCUGGAGGCCUACUGGAAGGCCACUCACCCUCCCAGCAGCCAUCUCCCCAACCCGCUCCUUAGUCGUACUUUAGCCACUUCAGCUCUGCCCAGUAGUCCCACUCAAGCCUCUAAUUCACAGGGUUCCCAAGGGGAUCAGAGGACUGAGCGCUCCGCUCCCGCCCGCUCUGCCUCCCAGCCUGAAGAAGAACCCUGCCCGGAGCCCGUCAAGAAACCCCAGCACCGUUCCUCCUCCUCCGCCCAGCAUCACAGCCACCGCAGUGGGACGAGCCGAGGCCUCUCCAGGCAGGAGACAUUUGACUCAGAAACCCAGGAGAGUAGAGACUCUGCCUAUGUGGAGCCGAAGGAAGAUUACUCCCACGAACACGUGGACCACUAUGCCCCCCACCGUGACCAUAACCACCGAGAGGAGCCCCACGGGAGCAGUGAGCACAGACACAGGGAGUCUCGGCACCGUUCCAGGGACCUGGAUCGAGAGCAGGACCACAACGAGUGCAACAAACAACGGAGCCGGCACAAAUCCAAGGAUCGCUAUUGUGACAAGGACGGAGAAGGCCUCUCUAAAAAACGGAACGAGGCUGGGGAGUGGAACAGGGAUGUUUACAUCCGCCAGUGACUUGGGCCCUUUUACGUUUCUUUUUUUUUUUUUUUUUAAGUCUUGUAUACCCCCACCCUCAGACUCGAUCUUUGGGGUCUACAUUGCAGUCAUAUGUGAUC